AUUUAAGUAUGGAAAUUACCGUUUUCUGCCAUUUUUAUAUGGAUAAUAAAGUAAAUUAGUGGAUUAAAGACAAACUGCAAAUCACUCGCCGCAUGCACGCAAUCACAUCGAUGGACGCCAUACGCACAUGUCCGGAAAAGUACGCCACCGUCGAUGUUGUUCCAUUUCCGCGGUAAACUGUUAAGAGUUAAAGUAAGUUGAAAUAAAUAAAAUAUCACAGAUGCCGGAUAUCAAUGCAACAUGUUCGUACCGAACUUAGAAAAAGAAUUUUACAAUGUAAUACAAAGAGAUAGAUGUUUAUUAUUAGUAAACUUUGACAUAGAUGCAAUUUGUGCCUGUAGAAUUUUACAACAAUUAUUUAAAAAUGAUAAUAUAUUAUAUACGCUUGUACCUGUACAAGGUAUACAAGAUAUGGUUCAGGCAAUAGAAGAAAAUUGUGAAGAGGUAAAAAAUAUUAUUAUGAUAAAUUGUGGUGGUACAAUAGACCUAGUAGAACUCUUACAACCUCCAGAAUCUAUUUCAUUUUUUAUAAUUGACAGUCAUAGACCAUAUGAUUUGUGUAACAUAUAUUCAGAAUAUCAAAUACGUAUUCUUGGAAAACCAGAUGCUGAGGAUGACAUUCCAGAAUAUAAUGAUGUGUUCAGGGAUGAUUCGUCAGAAGAUGAAGAUGCUUCAAAUGAUAAUUCUGAUGAUGGUAACAGUGAACCCAGAGAGACAAAAAGACGUAGAUUAAAUGAAGAAGAUUUAAUAAAGAGACAAGAAAAAAGAUUAUGGGCUGAAAAUAGAGCGACAAUUCUUUUUAAUUAUUCACAAUAUAGCUAUUAUGGAAAAUCUAGUGCAGUACUUAUUUUUGAAAUGGCUUGGCAUAUGUCUAAAGAUAAUUUGGACAUGCUAUGGUGGGCUAUUAUUGGUUCAACAGAACAGGCCAUUCUUAGCAAAGUAGAAUCACAAACAAGCAUACUCGAAGAAGGUACACUUCAAGCACAUGUUUCAAGAUUAACUCAUAAACAGGGUAUAAAUACUGAUAAACAACAAGAACAGAGUGUAGUUAGAAUAACUUAUGAUAAAGAUCUUCGACUUGUACUUUAUCGUCACUGGACUGUUGAAGCAAGUCUUAGACAUUCAAUACCAACUGCAGUAUCGCUACGACUUUGGUCUAUUAGAGGGGAACAACGUUUGAAAGAACUUUUGGCAGAAAUGGGAUUACCCUUAGCGCAAUCACGACAACGUUUCACUGCUAUGGAUCUUACACUUAGACAGGAAUUUAGGCAAAUGGUAGAAAAAUUAGCUGGAAAAUACAAUGUUGAUAGAAUUAUUGGUACUAGUUUCACAUUACAAUAUGGUUAUCGAUUUAAAUAUUGUGCGUCUGAUAUAGUUUAUGCAAUGCUAGCUUUAAUGGAAUCUACUACAAGAGAAAGAUUACCACAGCAUUGUUUCUUGGAUGCAUUGGAUUGUUUAUCACGCACAAAAAAGGAACUUUUAGAAAAUGGUAUAGAGAAAGCAAAACUUAUGCUUAGCAACAUUUUUAAGACUGCACAAAUUAUACUAGAAAUGAAGCAAAUUAUAAAUACUGGUUCAUUUCUUUAUAUUGUUAUUCCGGAUGGUACUUUAGAUAGUCGAUUAUUUGCUCAUCCUCAUCCAUUAAUCAUGCUAGCUCAAUUCAUUUUGAAAGCAUAUGUACAUUCAUCUAAAAGUAGACGUGCACGUGAAUGGCCUUUAGUUGCAACAGCUUCAUUCAGUCCUGAAGAAGGUACAUGUCUAAUCAUUGGCAUUCCACCAAUAUGCGAAGAUCAGCCACGCAGUCUGUUUGGGAAAGCGUUUGAACAAGCAGCUAAAAAUACAAGUUCAUAUAUCAAUGCAGAUUAUUUUGAUACAACAAUAGUAAGACUGAAGGUCGAAGAGAGACCAAAAUUUUUUGAUGCUCUGGCAGCACUUCUUACUUGAAAAUAAGAUAAAAGUAAUUGUUAAUGUGUUAUAAAUCAUGCGAAUUUUAAAAAAUAUGACUAUAAGAUGCAUUUAGUAUAAUUUAUCUACUUCAUGUAAUACUACGGCAUAAUAUUAUUUUAACAUUAAGAACAUAAAUAACUUUAAGAUAUUGUAAUAUAUAUGUACAUUUGUACAGUUGUUAAUCAUGAUGAGGACACAUGUGUUUAGUGUGAUUAGUAUGAAUGCGAACGAAAUUUGUAGAUCAAAAAUUUUUAUUGACUUAACAUAUAAAAACACAAUAUUAUUGAAGUUGGAAUCAGAUUUUGUAUGUUUAUACAACAUUAUUUUUUUUAAUAUUAUUGUAAAAGUAAAAAUUAAAAAAGAAAAUAGCA